AUGAAGACUAAACGUGAGAAACAAAUGGAACCUACAACGCCUUCCACACCAGAUAAUAGAGACAAGCCUUGGCUCAAGUGCCAAUUUCAUGAUACCGAUCAAACAUCCAUUAAGAAACCAGAUGAAUUUGGAAUCAGUCCGAAAGAUUUUGCUCCGUUGGAAAAAAUCAAUCGUGAUAUAGUGGAUCGUAUCCAAGGUUCAAUAUUUGGCUUGACUGUGGGCGAUGCUCUUGGUGCUCAUGUUGAAUUCAGACCUAACAGUUAUUUAGUUGCUGUUCCAGUGACGGAUCUAGUAGGAGGAGGAACAUGGGGUCUACAAAGGGGACAGUUCACUGACGACACCUCUAUGGCCCUUUGUUUGGCCAAUUCACUAAUUGCUUGUCGAGACUUUGUUCCAUAUGAUCAAUUAGUUCGCUACAAGUGGUGGUAUCGACAUGGUUACAUGUCAUCAACCGGUCAUUGUUUUGAUAUUGGUGCAGCCACUCGACAAUCUAUCCAAGAAUUUGAAAAGCGUCAAAGGAAGUUUGCACAUGAUCAUGACAUUCUAUUAGAGCAAAUGGACUUCCUAUCCAAUCGUGACCUUCUUCAAGCAUUCGACAUGCAUUGUAGCAAAGAGGGUGUGGCUGGUAAUGGAGCCCUGAUGCGUCUCGCACCUGUACCACUGUUCUUCUAUCAACAUCCGAAAGUGGCCGUUGAUUAUUCAGGCAUUAGUGGCCAAAUCACCCAUGGAGAUAAGAAGGCUUAUGAUGCAUGUCGUUAUUACGGAGCUCUAAUUGUGGCUGCUGUUCGAGGUGAAGAUAAAAAUAAACUGAUCAGUAAUACAUUUUACGAUGAUCAUCGGGAAUGGUUUGGAGAUAAAACCCCUCAUCCUGAAAUCAUGGCGAUUGCUCAAGGAUCUUACAAAAAGGAAGGUGGAUAUCAAGAUGGAAUUCGAGGAAAAGGAUACAUUGUUAAUGCUUUGGAAGCUGCUUUAUGGGCCUUUUGGAGUGAUGGAGAUUCAUUUGAGACAGGUGCACUCAAAGCUGUUAAUCUGGGUGAUGAUACAGACACAACAGCAGCUAUCUACGGUCAAUUAGCCGGUGCUCACUAUGGCUACAACAAGUUGCCAAAAAAAUGGUUGGAAUGCAUUUAUGCCAAAGAGUUCAUUCGAUGUGUGAGCAGUUGGAUCGUCUUCGAAGGAGAAAAAUGGUUUAGAAAUCAGGCUGUUCCAGGCACGAGAGAACUAAUAAACUCUGCUCAUCGCAAUGCAUUCAUUUUGAAAACGAUUAUCUCGAGCAUCCCCGAGCUAGAAGCGGAACUAAACCGAGAGGCCUCAUUAGUAGUGGACAUUAAAUCAACCGCUAUUGUGCGUAAGGCAAUCGAUCCUAACGGUCGAAUAGGACAUUGUUAUGAUGGAUGGCGAGAUUGUAUUUCAGAAUUACCUAGUAUCAAUCUGCAUAUAAGUACAGAUUAUGUGUAUCCACCAAUAAAAUGUCUGAUUAAAAGUGGCGACCAGCUUGAAAAUCAAAAUGUUCUUCGACUCAUCGAUUUUCCUGUUGACCUUCGGUUGAGUGUGUUAUCGAACUUGGUUGUACUGACCGGUAUUGCUUCGGUUGUUGAUUAUCCAUUUGUAAUCGACGAAUGUACUCGCAUCUUCUAUUAUUCUUACCUUGUUCGAAAUCAAGCUUUACUGGACGAAGGCAGAAGUCAAUCACGAUUGUGCACAACAGAUCCUGUCACUCAUGUCAUCACUGCAAUAGAUUGGGGCAUCGAUGUUGUCGUUCUUCUAAGAUUGCCACCUGGUGAUACAAACAUGAUCGAUGCCAGCCUCCAUAAAAUAUGUGAAUCCAUGAAACAUGAGCCGGAACUAAUUAAUAAUGAACAUGCACUGAAUCGAAUUCUUUCUACAUAUGUCUAUUCGAACAGACCUGAUUUAGCAGGUCAGUCAACAUUACUCAAUGUAUGCCAAGAAAUUCUCAAAAUCCAAAAGGAUCAUUCUAAUCAAAAACCUUGCAACUAUAUUCUUCAUCCCAUCAACAUCUUUUAUUCCGAUAAAAAUCAACAGAACAUCGAAUUUAUUCCAAUUGAAUCGAGAAUUGCAACAAGGAUUGAAGAUCAUUGGCUUCGAUUAUCUUCUGUCAGAAAAAUAUGGGAAACGUUUCGAGAAAAUACGCCAUCUGAUAUUUUGGAAACUGAUCUAAAAGAACAGUUCAACACGAUGCAAACUAGAGUGUCAAAACUAAUAGAUCAAUAUGAUAAAGAAAAGAAACAAGGUCAAGAUUUGAUUUCACGUAUUCGUCAAGGUAAAGAAUCGCAAGAGACUAUCGAACAUUGCUUUCGGAUCGAUGAAGAAGAAACGAAGUUGAAGCGCAUCAUCGAUGAUUUGAAGCAUGAUCUGAGAAACCUGGAAGAAAAACAGGAUUUUAUCAAGAAUUUGAAAAGACAAGGAUUUGAUUACUGGAAUGCCGAUAGAUUUGAUAUUCAAGAAGGAGACAACGAAAAUAAGAUUCAACGAAAGCUAAUUAAAGAUAGGCAGCAACAACGCAUCCUGUGCUCUAACGACAUUUUAAACGCAGCGCAUUGGUCACAAUUGCAAGACAUGUUGAAUCAAAUGGCUAAUGAGCGUGCAGGAAACUCUGAGUUGAAUCUGGUUUAUGUCGAUUUCUCUUACUGUUCAUACGAACUAGAUACUAUAAAGACGUUUCCAUCAACAAACUAUGUUCCAAUUGCUGGUGUGCGUGAUUCUUUCAAACAGACAACGAAACAACCCGAUUUUCGCCCAGUUGUGCCUUCCGUCGAUAAGAUGAUCAAUAUUGUUCUCGUAGGUAAAUCAGGGGUCGGUAAAUCAACGCUAAUUAACACAAUUGCUAACUGCCUAAAGUUUCGAACACUCUCAGAAGUUCCAUCAAGAACAUCGGUUUUGCAUGUUUUGGUUUCAUUUAUGUUUCCGCUAAUGCUUGAUGCGGAACCACAUUUCAUUCAACUCGGCGAUAAUGAUCCCAACGAAGAUCAUAAUCAUACUGGUCAAUCCACAACUCAACGUUGCAAAUCUUACGUAUUCGAUGUAGAAAAUGGACAAAAGUUACGUAUCAUUGAUACUCCUGGCCUUUCUGAUACACGCGAUCAGACUCACAAUGAGAUAACGAUGCAGCACAUACUAUCAUGCAUCUCGAAUCUAACGCAUUUGAAUGCCAUCUGUGUUGUGAUAAAGUCGGGCGAUCUUGAUCUUUCUGUCUAUUGGGAGCUUUUGAUGCAGUUGCUCCAUUUCCUUGGAAAAGAAGCACAUGAAAAACUUGUCUUUUGUUUCACCAAAUGCCUAUCAAUUUCGAACAAUGACAAUGAAAGAAAUACUCGAAUUCAGUCACUACUCGAAUCACUCUCGCUUGGCGAAAUGAGUUGCCCACACAAGCACAUAGUUGUAUUUGAUAGUACUUUCUUUCUUCAUUUGGCUCAGGCACGCUGGUUCGAUCCUCAUGAGCGACAAUGUGAGCUGAGCUGGUCAGUUUCAAAGGAAGGAGUACAGCAACUUAUGCAUUAUGUUCGUCAAGGCGAUUGUCCAUAUAUAAUACAUCAAGGAUUACAAACAGUAGAAUAUGCACGAGUCGAAAUCUUGCAAAUGAUUCGUCCAAUAGCGGAAGCAAUGCGAAAUAUUCUUCGAAAUCAAAUUUUACACAAGUUAGGAUCCUCAUCUAAAUGGAUCGAGCUACAUCCGAAACCUAUUCAACGACCUUCAGCUAUAUGCUACUUGUGUCAGCGUCCGCUUCGGCAAUACAAUAGUUUUUGGAUCAUUUGUGACUCUUUGCACGAAUAUCAAAGUCACUGUGAACAUUGCUCAUGUGAUUCUGGACAACAUGUUCAGGUUGAUUAUCGACUUGAUUAUGAGUUAGUCGAUAGAGUGAAUUAUCAACUGCGUGACUUGACCACUUGGUAUCACGAACUUUUUUCUGCAAGCGUACACUUCGCUCAUUUUCUCACAUGUACUGUUCAACAUUCGAACGAAGAUCUAUUCUUAGUCACUCUCAAUCGAAUGAUUUACGACGAAAGUUACAUUUGUGAUAGUAAAUUUCAUCACAAUUUCAAUUUGCAUUUACUUAAGACACUUCGAGAACUCAAAGCUGAUUAUGAACAGAUCAUGAUAGAUAUGCUACAGAGACGUGAACACGACAACUUGAUGAUUAUUAACGAUUACAUCGAAAGCGUCAAAGAUAUUCCCAUGAUACGAAAGCAACUGAAUAUCACCAAAGAAAUAAAAGACACCUCUGUGUAGACCUGUCGAUGCUAGAGACUAAUAACAUAAGCUAUCGAGUUAAUGAUAGUAUCUAAUUAAGAUUUUCACAUUUAUCAUAAUAAAUUUAUUCUUCCCAUCUUCUAUUAAUUCGAAUCAGUGUGUGCCUAACCGACAUAUUAGUACACCGUUUUGAUGAAGAAUACAAAAAGAAUGGCACUAAAUGUUGAAUGAUCUUCCAAUUUGGCUCCAUGGAAUGAUGAGCCUGAAUCUCUAUCUGUUAGGAUGUGUAAACUCUCGACUGUAGGAUUUAUCUUGGACAAGUUUUUGCAGUCUGUAAUUCGACAUUAGAAGCUGAAAAAAGUAACUCCUCUAGAAAAACAGUUCCGUAACAAGGCAUAUGAUACAAAUGCAUUACAAAAGAGAAAGGUCCACCAAUGUAUUUCUGACGAACGAAAGAUUUUACACUCUUUUAAUAGAAAAACAAAAUCUUGAAUUCAAGAUUCAUCGUGAGAAAAAGAUUUCUGAAGACUGAAAAUGUGCAAACUGCGUUGCGACUUUUUAACUUUCAUUCUAAAAAAUUGAGGGUAUGGGUGUGGCUGGCUAUUCUAUUUAUCUACCCACAUCAAUUUGAGGCAUUUGGCCAAUUUUUGCAAUUUUAUAUGACCACGAGUCGUCCAUUGCGAGAAAAGGAUCUGUUCAGUCGAUAUCUCGCGAGUUUCAGCCUUGCUUAAUAUAUAUUUGAUGUCCCUUCAAGUGAAUGUAUUAGAGCUAUAAUCGAUUUACAUUGGUUGAUCACUUGUGUCUGAAGUUUUGGUCCAUUAGUGUGAAUUCACUGGAUGCGGAUAUAAAAGCGUGCAGGAGAGAGUAGUUCUUCAGUGGCACCCAGACUCUUACCCAACUAGAGUUUUCUUAGUCUUUGUUGCUUGUUGAACUGCUAAAGUUCUUCAAUAUACACGACAUAACAGAAUAAGCACAAAUCAUUGCAAUCACUCGUCGUCAGAUUUUCGAUUUUUUGUCUCAGAACAUAUAAAUAACAGUCAAGUUUCGUAUGAAGUCCGAGUUUUCUUCUGGAUAAAUGCAGAUUUCUCUGAAUAUGAUCUCUAACGAGAGUCCAAGUUGAACCUGAGUCAAUCAGUUGAUUGAAAUAGAGAUUGCAUCAAAUGUUCGACUGUUGUCAACGAUCUGAAAAAGAAAGGUGUG